AUGAGCAACGCAGCCCCUCCCACUGCAUGGUCGCUAUCCGCAGUGUUGGUCACCAGCGCUGUGGUCUUGGCGCUCCUGGCGGUGCUGCCGAGCUGGUACGAGGCAUACUAUGACCUGAUCAGCAAGGGCCACGGCGGCCAAUUUGUUUUCCAGAUCAAGCGGCUGCACAAGCGGUACGGCGCCAUCGUGCGGGUCGGGCCGAACGAGGUCCACAUCGACGAUCCGGACUACUAUACCGAGGUCUAUGGCACGGCGUCGCCCUCCAGGCCCAUCGACAAACUAGUGCAGUACAAUCACCGGUUCGGCAUGACCGAGUCGAUCAUUAGCAUGGUUGAGUUUGAGCACCACCGCAUCCGGCGGGCGGCCAUCGCUCCUUUGUUCUCGCAGACCGGCAUCAGCUUUCUGGAUUGCACUCGAUUAUCCUCCCCGUGA